AGGUCACGAGAGAGUUCACUUUCGGUUCCCUGGUAAGAAUAGUCGAAGAACAAUUGUAAGUGCCUGAAUCAUGUUCAUUGGAGAUACCGGUAUGGCAAGGAAUGGGACAGGCUAAAUAAGAAUUUGUGAAAUACGGUGUCCUCUAUAAUAGACGUAAGCUUCCUCCCCUUCCCAUCAUGGCUACCUCCAUGGAUCAGUCCACUGUUCUUGAAGAUGAGCUCACCUGUCCCGUGUGCUUGGACCUGUUCCGGGACCCCCACCUGCUGCCUUGUGGCCACAACUUCUGCCUCCUCUGCGUCCGCCGCCUCAAAUGCCAGGCAGAGCGAGGUCGCUUCCGUUGCCCAGAGUGUCGCGAGAGCCACCGCUGCUCCGCAGCCUCGCAGAAGAACUUCAAGCUGGCCAACAUCGCCGACGACUACCGCCUCCGGGGACAGGCAGCGUUGUCAAGACCACAACAACCAGAUGGUGGCCGCCCGGCAACAGCCAAGACCCCUGUGUCCGUGCCCUGUGACUACUGCCGCCCAGGGGACAUUAGCGAGGCGGGGAAAGGGGAACCUGGAGCUCCCGGGGCUGGAGGAGAGGUGGUGUUUGCGGUGAAGACGUGUCUGAAAUGCGAGGUGUCCAUGUGUCAGGAGCAUGUGAAGCCCCACCUGGAGCUACCUGCAUUUAGGGAGCACCCCCUGACCGAGCCCCUGGGAGACCUGAGGAAGAGGAAGUGUCCCGAACAUGAUGAGAUGUACCGCUACUACUGCAUGGACGACAGGAUGUGUGUCUGUAAUGCCUGUACCAUAGAGGGGGGCCACGCCGGACACACCAUCAAGACCCUGAAGAACACCAUGAAGGGUCUGAAGGGCAUUCUGGAGACCCAGCUACAGAAGGUGGACAGGAAGUUGAGCAAAGCAGAAAAAACUCUCCAGGAGCAGAAAGUGGAGGAACAAAUUAACAAGAAGUUCCUGGAGGACUCGGACCAGCGGAUCAUGACGGUGGGGGAGGAGUUACAGGUCCACCUGGAGGGCUUGCUCACAGCCUUAAGGGACUGUACCCGCUCCCAAGAGAGCGAGUGUGGCCCCAACAUCCAGCGGAACAUAGCCAAGGUGACCCAGGAUCACGCUCGUCUGCAGGAUGUCCACAGCAGAAUCCAGAACCUCGCCCAGGAGAACGACCCCUUCCGCUUCCUAGAGGCAUACAAAUCAUCAAGCAAAAAUGUCUGCAGGCAGUUGAAGAAGCCCCUCUUCUACCCAGAGUAUGUUGGUGUGGACACUGAAGGCCUGGCUGAGGCCCUGGAGGUUAAGCAGGAUGACUUCCUCACUAAUGUACGCUCCUGCAUCUCUCAAUUCAUCGACGAUAUCUGUCCUUCAGUCAGGGAAGAGCCGGACACUGGAGGAGAGGAAGAUGAAGAUGACGACGAGGAGGAUGACAGUGAUGGAGAUGAACAAGAGGAGGAGAUGAGCGAGGAAGAGGAGGAUAUACACGACCACGAGUCAGCAGACGAACUCUACGGUGAGGAAGAUGAAGAGGAGAUUUAUUCGAACUGAUUAAAUGAUUAUGGGGUGAAUUGUCAAAUCCAUUCUUCCAUUUAAGUCAAACCGUCUCUCAUAGCCUCCCACUGACAUCAAUAUUUGACUAUCUAAAAAAUUUACUUUGAAUUUAGGAUUUUCCCAACCAUUUUGGGAAACCUUUCAAAUAUUAUACAUUCUAUAUCAAUGUUUCGAAGGGGAGAUGUAUAUGGGUGCAUGGAACCAUAUUUCAUAUAUAGUGCACUACUUUUGACCAGGGCUAUUCAACUAUAUUCUUACAGAUGUAAAAAAGGUUAAUUGCAGGGGGGGCAGACAUUUUCCACAUAUGUUUAGUUUAAGGAAGAACUGUUUAAAAAAUAAAAGCACACACCAGUAAAGUACUUUUCUUAAAUUGUUGCUAAAAUGAAUUAGGAAAGAAGUGGAUGUCGCUCAACCAAUGUGGUUAGAGGUGCAACCCAAAAAUGUAAUAAUUGAAAAGGAAAAGGCGCAAUGUUCGCUCACCAUUUAAAGCUUCUUAAAAUUAAUUAGGUCAUUUUAAAUUCUGAAAACAAAGCAUCUCAAAAAAUAACACACAUAUGUCAUGUCCGGUAAUGCCAAAUUCCAGUCUGAAGGAAGUAUGCUUUGAAUUGAUUUCCCUCAGUCAUUUGGUGCGUUUUUUUGUCACACUUCCUCUAGCAAGUCCUCGUGGGCUUCAGAGAGGGAAACAGAAGGCAUGUACGUGUGCUUAGCUUUCAGAAAUGGGGUCAAAAAGUAUUUGUUCCCUUAAACCGUUAAAAUGCUAGAGCCAAACUCAUAUAAAGAAAGAAGAAUCCAAAUGUCACAUAGGUGCUAGAAACCAUAGUGCUUGUCAUUUUGGCACUGAAUGUCGGAUUUUCACAAUUGAUCAAAGGGCCAGUCUAAAUAAAUAAACGGGACGGAUCUGGCCCGCAGGCCACCAGUUGAAUAGCCCUGAUUUAGGCAGUAGGGUGCCAUUUGGGAUGAAGACUAUAUUUUUGUAGUUCAAGAUUAUACUGUUAUAGCUAAACACUGGGUUUCUAAUUCUAACCUCAAACUGUUUUAUUUUUUGACCAAAGCACUUGUUCCUAACCUGACUGGUGUGCCAGAUGGGUGGGGUUUGCAGUUUUAGAUAUACUCCAUUGCUUUCAUUAAACUAGGCAAACUCAAUCAAGUACAGUAUUUGAAAUUAUUUUAAAUGUUUUUUAGACCCAGGUCUGGGGCCAUAGUCAUAAAACACCUCAGUGUAGGAGUUUUGCCUUUUUAGAUCAUAAUGAAUAAGUUAAUAUUGACAGGGGGAACCUGUUCCUAGAUCUGAAAUCCUACUCUGAGACGCUUUAUGAAUACAGGACCUGGUCUAGUAUAUAGUGCAUUCGGGUAAGGAUUCAGAGACCCCUCAACUUUUUCCAUAUUUUUGUUACAUUUUAGGAUAAGGCUGUAAUGUAUUAAAUUUGUUUUUUCCCCCCCCAAAUUCAAUUUACACAAAAUACCCCAUAAUUAUAAAGUAAAAAUAAGUUUCUAGACAUUAUAGCAAAUGUAUAAAAAAGAAAACGGAAAUCACAUUUACUUAUGUAUUCAGACCCUUAACUCGGUACUUUGUUGAAGCACCUAUGGCAGCGAUUACAGCCUCGAGUCUGCUUGGGUAUUACGUUACAAGCUUGGCACACCUGUAUUUGUGGAGUUUUAUCCAAUUGUCUCUGCAAGGCCUUUCAAGCUCUGUCAUGUUGGAUGGGGAGCAUCUCUCUAUAGAUGUUUGAUCGGGUUCAAGUCUGAGCUCUGGCUGGGCCACUCAAGGACAUUGAGACUUGUCCCGAAGCCACUCCUGCAUUGU